CAAACGGGGGACAGGGACGGCGGGGGGGAGGCGCAGCGUCUGGCCACCCGCCUCUUCCACCUCGAUGGCUUCAAGAAGUCCCAGGUGGCUGCAUUCCUCCGCAAGAACAAUGAUUUCAGCGCGCUGGUGGCCCAGGAGUACCUCGACUUCUUCCAGUUUGAUGGCCAGACGCUGGACCAGGCGCUCAGGUCCUUCCUGCAGGCGCUGGUGCUGACGGGCGAGACGCAGGAGCGCGAGCGCAUCCUCGGCCACUUCUCCCGGCGUUACCAUCACUGCAACCCCGGCGCCUUCCCCUCCCAGGACGCUGUGCACUCCCUGACAUGUGCCAUCAUGCUGCUGAACACCGACCUCCACGGCGCCUCGGCCCGUGCCAUGACCAGCGCCGAAUUCGUGGCCAACCUGAGCGGGAUGAUGGAUGGGCAGGAUUUUCCCAGGGAGCAGCUGAAGGCUCUAUAUGGCUCUAUCCGCAGCGAGAAGCUGGCGUGGGCAGCGAAGAAGAGGCAGGUGGGGGGGGGCAGCAUGGCCCCCCCUGACCGUAAGAAGAGCAACCCCUUCCUGGAGCUGCCGGGGGGGGCCGGGGCUGUCACCUACCGCCGGGGGCUGCUGGCCAGGAAGGUGCUGGCUGAGGCUGAUGGCAAGAAAACGCCAUGGGGCAGACGAGGCUGGAAACCCUUCCAGGCUGUGCUCAAGGGGACCGUCCUCUAUUUCCUCAAACCGGGACCCUCCCCAACCCCCCAGGAGGAGGAAGGCCCCGAGGCCGAGGAGCCUUUGGGGGUCCACCACGCCUUGGCCGAGAGCGCCAGCAAAUACACCAAGCGCCCCAACGUCUUCCGCCUGCAGACGGCCGACUGGCGCGUCUUCCUCUUCCAAGCCCCGACGCCGGAGGAGAUGUCCUCCUGGAUCUCCCGCAUCAACUUGGUGGCCGCCCUCUUCUCCUCGCCCCCCUUCCCCGCCGCCGUCGGUUCCCAACGCCGCUUCGUCCGCCCCAUCCUCCCCCGCCGCCCCCAGCGCCCCGGGCAGGAGGAGCAGCACCGCUCCCACGAGAUGUGGAUGGAGCGGGUGGCCCAGGAGCUCUUCGAGCAUCAGCGCAACCUCCCCCGAGAAGCGGGGGCGCCCCGCGACCUGGACGAGUACCGCCUGAAGAAGGAGUAUCUCCUCUAUGAGCGCCGCCGCUACGAGACCUACGUGCAGGUGCUGGAGACGUGGAUCAGCGCCGGCGCCCAGGACCUGGAGGGCUGGGAAGCCCAAGCGGGGGCCGGUGGUGGCCCCCCCAGACCCCCCACCCUGACCAAAGCCCACUCCAGCCCCUCGCUGUCCCCCGAGCCCCCCGUUGUCCCCACCAUCCGUGUCAAGAGGAACAUCUCCGAGCGCCGGACUGUGAGGAAGAUCGUCCCCAAGCGCAAGAACCUGCUGUGACAAAUUGGGGGGGGGGGGGGGGGGGGGACACACACGGGGACCCCGGUACGAGGUUCCUUCGGGCACCGCCAGGAUUGAGCCAACCUGGGGGGGCCGGGGGGGCUUGGGAAUAACAAUGGGGGGAAACUCAGGGAGACACCACCCCCCCCCCCCCAAAAAAAAAAAUAUGGGGGGGGAGAUGGGGGUCGCAGCCCCCCCAGCUCCCCCUCCAGCGUCGCUGCUGCGCCCCCCCUCCCCGCUGCCUGCUGCUCUCGG